AUGGCGGCCUCGAGCAGCGGCGACGAGCGACUAGUCUCGCCAGACACACGGAGCGAUGAAGAAUCACGAAGCGUCACACCCCUGGAUGGCACCUCAUACCCUCCAACGCCAGCCAACGAACAAGAUGCUAUCCAUUUCACGCCCAAACGUGCUAUGGCGUCUUUCGAGAACCUGGUGGCGAUGGCAAACUACCACGAAGGCCUGAAAGAGGCGCGAAAGAUUGUGUGGAGAGAUAGAGGACAGCCUGUGCAAGAUCUAGAAACUCUCCAGAAAUGUGUUGAGCACGCAGCCAAGGGUGGUUUGAGGUCAGCAAGUCUGGCGUUCAGUAUCAGAGCACUGGUCAACCUGGUGCUCGCGUUGAUUCGUAUUGGCCGAGUGCCUAGGGAUUACCGCCCAACGGUUAUCCGACAUGCUCUCUUUGGCGAGGAUACAUGGAGGUUUGCUGCCAUGUUAGGAACCUUCACCUCCCUUUACAAGUUCCUUAUCAAUGCUCUCCCAAUCCUUAUACCGGCCAUGAACCCAUCCGAGAAGCCACCAUCAAUUGAAAUCCCAAUCCCCUCCUUUUCCGACCCUUCAGAGGAAAAGAAGGCCAAGCUCAGUCUCAGUGCUCGUGCUCAACUGUUGAUGGUCAGGAAACGAGUCAGGCGUUGGCAUGCAGCUCUGGCAGGAACGAUUGCUGGCGGGUUGGCUAUCAUGUGGGAGAAACAAAGUCGACGAGGGGUCAUCUCACAGCAGAUGUUUGUUCGUGGCUUGCAAGGUUCCUACAACGCAUUCGCUGCAGCGAGAAACCUCAAGAUUCCUCAUGGAGACGUAAUUGUGUUCUGCUUGGCCUGCGGUCAAAUCGUCUACGCAUUCCUGCUUAGGCCAGAAACGCUUCCUCGCUCAUAUUCCAACUGGAUGUCCCAAGCCUCCAAGGUUCCCAUGGAGGGUGUCAGGAUCAACCGCGAGAUGGUCCGGGAUCACACCUUCAACUUUGCAGAUGUAGACAAAUUGUUGAAGAGCCGCGAUAUCACGCCCAGCAAUAUGACCGCGCUCAAGGCAUUCAAGGAACGAUUCCUCACAUUGCCCUCCUUCCCACCUGAUGUCUCCCCAUACCUCACACUCCCAUCUCUGGGUCCGGCCGAUCCAUCUGACCCAAGCUCAUGGUACUUCCCUUACUAUGGCCCCUGCUCCGCCGUGCACCCUGCAGUUUCACACUGCUCGUCUGUCCCCCUUGACCGGUUCUUUGCGGUGUUCAAAUGGAUGCUCCCCAUCUACGGCGCUCUUCACUUCGUCCCCGCUGUUCUCUUCAAAUGGGAAGGCUUCAUGAGGGACCCCGGAAAGGUUCUCGUCAGAGCCGGUGUGGGUAGUAUGCGAAGCUCAGCCUUCCUGGGCGUUUUUAUUGUUAUUUAUCAAUCACUGUUCUGCUACAAAAACAAACUCCACCGAGCCCUCAGCAUCCUCCGCAACUCCCCUGACGGCUCAAUCUUCAAGUACCUUCCUCAAGAAUUCAUCGACUUCUUUGUUUCCAAGCCAUCGUUCUGGUUCCCUGGUUUCUUCGCCGGUUUGGCGCUGUUGGUAGAAGCUAAACGUAGGCGCGGUGAGCUUGCGAUGUAUGUUCUCCCUAAAGGAUUGGAGAGUGCGUGGGUUAUGGCCAGAGGCAAGGGAUGGGUGUUCCGAACGGGCAAGUGGGGUGAUGUGAUUUUGACAUCUAUUGGCAUGGGCAUGGUUAUGAUUGACACGCCAGAGUCACCAGGCGCGUGUGAAUGGGAGACGGAACAAGGGCAGUCAGAGGAGACACAGGAGACCUGGUUCAGAUCUUGA